AUGGCGGGAUCGCAGAACCGAAGGCGACAGCGCGCCGGCACGCUCUCGCGGGACAACUCUUCAGCUAAGAGGACCGGAGCAGUUAGCGAGCCGGGCAACUUCACGCCGGCAUUCUGGGAUCACCUGUCUAGGUUUUGGCUCACACCGUGCGCCUUGAGAGAACUCAGCCGUCGAAAUAGCGUGUACACGGUGGCCCAGAUCUUCGUCACCUUCGAGGCCGAAGAGGUAGUGUUUCAGAACAACGUUAUCGCCAAGAUUACCCCGGUGAUCUACGGGAAGGCCAACAUUCCCAACAAGCAAAAUGUAACCUUCGCCGAACUCACCGAUUAUGACCGAAAAUAUAUCGAGGCCGAUGCCGGACUUUUUCGACGGGGUGUGCCUUCAGGAUUUGAGCACGGGGGCUCGCAAAGACCAGAGCCUCAAACAGAUCAUCGUUCCGAUGAAAUACCCAAGAGUCCUGGUAGUACUGAAUUUCUUCUUCGAGGUCAAGGGGCCCGGAUGGACAUGCUCCUGUAG